AUCUGACCAACGUUAAACAAUACUCCUCGAACUGAGAAAACGUGCCGGAAUUGGGGAGUCGCCGGCUUCCAGGAUUUCAUCUGCAGGGAGGUUGAGCACAUUGAAGCAUCGUCGUCGCGUUCGAUACGCUGUCGUAAGUGUCUUCCCGACUGUCGGCGGCGUCCUCCAUAUUUUACGUUUGCUUCCGGGAAUCUCCUCUUUCCCUUUGGGUGAGCCGGAUUCUGCGAUGGAAGAGCAACUGCUCCUCCAAAUUUCUCCGGCGGAUGCUCGGGGAAGCCCCGGGAAGGAACAACAAGCCGCCGGAGUGGGUAUCCUUCUGCAGAUCAUGAUGCUCGUUCUCUCUUUUGUCCUCGGUCAUGUCCUUCGCCGCCAUAGGUUCUACUAUCUUCCAGAAGCUAGCGCCUCCCUUUUGAUCGGUCUAAUUGUAGGUGGCUUGGCUACAAUUUCAGAUACUGAAAGAAACAUCCGGGCAUGGUUUAACUUUCAUGAGGAAUUCUUCUUCCUCUUUCUGUUGCCUCCUAUCAUAUUAUAUCCUUUUUUAAAAAAUAUUUUUGUAUCUGUGCAAGAGUUAUAUGUUCUGGUUUCUUUUUUGAAAUGAAUAGCAAAAGUGGUUUCCUUGACUUUAUCUGCUACUCAAUCAGGAUUCAGUUUAUCACCGAAGCCGUUCUUUUCAAAUUUUGGAGCCAUUGUGACAUUUUCUAUAUUUGGAACAUUUGUUGCCUCAAUUGUUACAGGCAUUUUGGUUUACAUCGGAGGAGUGAUAUAUAUCAUGUACAAACUUCCUUUUCUUGAAUGCCUGAUGUUUGGGGCUCUUAUAUCAGCAACUGACCCUGUCACAGUUCUGUCUAUAUUUCAGGAGCUUGGAACUGAUGUCAACCUUUAUGCAUUGGUGUUUGGUGAAUCUGUUUUAAAUGAUGCAAUGGCAAUAUCUCUAUACAGGACAAUAUCAUUAGUGAGAAGCAAUGCCUCAUCUGGACAGAACUUUUUUAUGAUCAUUGUCCGUUUUAUAGAGACAUUUUUUGGAUCAAUGUCAGCAGGUGUUGGUGUUGGAUUCAUUUCUGCUUUGAUAUCCUUUAAUGCCAUGGCUGUUAUUUUGGAGUGACUUUCACGUUUGUUCCUAGACUAUCGAUUGUCACUUUGGGUCUCUCUACUUUUAAGACAUACCAUUGCAUGCCCAGAAUGUCUCACAGAAAAGUUAACCCUUCAUCGUAUAAGGUUACUUUGACCAAAAGAGCUAAAUUUGAAAUAAAAGCCCCAAAAUGUCUCACAAAAAACUUAGUCCUUCACUUAAAGUUAUUUUGCCUAUUAGAGCUAAAUUUGGUAUAAUUUGAAUUGUUGAAUGACCAAAAGUGGUUGAAUUAAUUUUGGAUGACCAAAAUGGACAUGUCACCACACUCACGAGAUUAAAAGUGGUAUUAGCUCUUUUUUAGACACAAACUUAUGGCUAAUUGGGUGG